UUCGAGAGAGUACACUUUCAACAGUGCGGACACGAAGAAAAGAGAGUCACAAGCCAUUGCCACUUUGCCCGCAAUGAUCCCCUCCAUCAAUGCUUUGGUGUCUGGACGAUGAAGCGAGAGUGGUGGGUCCGUGAGAGAAUGUGCAAGGAUUGCUGC